UACUUUGUUGGUGAAUCUUUUCUUCUUUCUCUGUGGCCAAGUCAUUUUGAUAACUGAGGUGGAAGCCAGUAGCAAUGUUCAUAUUGUUUAUCUGGGAAAGAAGCAACAUGAUGACCUCAAGCUUAUCACAAAUUCACAUCAUGAUAUGCUCGCUAAUGUUGUGGGGAGCAAGGAAUUGGCAUCACAGUUGAUGGUAUACAGCUACAGACAUGGCUUCUCUGGGUUUGCAGCCAAGCUGUCAGAGUCCCAGGCUCAAAAGCUUGCUGAAUUGCCUGGUGUUGUUCGAGUUAUACCAAAUAGCCUUCUCAAACUACAAACAACUAGGAGUUGGGAUUUCCUAGGCCUUUCUUCUCAUUCUCCUACCAAUGCUCUUCAGAACAGCAGCAUGGGCGACGGAGUUGUAAUAGGUGUCUUUGACACAGGAAUAUGGCCCGAGUCCAAGUCUUUUAGUGAUGAAGCACUUGGACCAAUCCCAUCCCGCUGGAAAGGAGUUUGUAAAUCUGGGAAGCAGUUUAAUGCUUCUCAUCACUGUAACAAAAAAAUAGUUGGUGCCCGUUGGUACAUCGAUGGAUUUCUUGCUGAGUAUGGAAUGCCUUUAAACAGUUCUGAAAACCUAGAGUUUUUAUCCCCAAGAGAUGCACACGGACAUGGGACUCACACAGCCAGCACUGCAGCUGGAGGUUUUGUUGGCAAUGUGAGUUACAGAGGCCUUGCUCAUGGAACUAUAAGAGGUGGAGCGCCCUAUGCUCGGUUGGCAAUAUACAAGGUCUGUUGGAAUGUGCUUGGAGGACAAUGCUCAUCUGCUGACAUAUUGAAGGCAUUUGAUGAUGCCAUACAUGACGGUGUAGAUGUGUUGUCGCUGUCUAUUGGGACUUCAUUUCCUUUGUUUUCACAUAUUGAUGAACAUGAUGGCAUAGCUGUUGGUUCCUUUCAUGCUGUUGCCAAAAGAAUCACUGUUGUUUGUGCAGCUGCUAAUGCUGGACCUUCAGCUGAGACUGUUGAGAAUGUUUCACCUUGGAUCUUGACUGUCGCUGCAAGCACUAUAGAUCGAGCAUUUCCAACACCCAUAACACUUGGGAACAAUAAAACUUUCCUGGGUCAGGCCAUAUUUAGAGGAAAGGAGAUUGACUUUAAAGGCUUGGUUUACCCAAAGGCCUCAGGGCUGGACCCUAAUGCUGCAGGUGUCUGUCAGUCUCUAUCACUUGAAGCUACAUCAGUAGAUGGAAAGGUGGUGCUUUGCUUCACCUCAAUGUCUCGUAGAGCUGCAGUAACAAGUGCUGCACAAGUUGUCAAGGAAGCUGGUGGAGUUGGGUUGAUUGUUGCCAAGAAUCCCAGUGAUGCUUUGUAUCCCUGCAGUGGUGACUUCCCAUGCGUUGAAGUGGACUAUGAGAUUGGAACUCAGAUACUCCUUUACAUCCGUUCUACCAGGUUCCCUGUAGUAAAGUUAAGCCCUUCCAAAACAAUACUGGGAAGGCCUGUAUCGGCAAAGGUGGCAUAUUUCUCAUCUAGGGGGCCUAACACACUUGCUCCAGCAAUUCUUAAGCCAGAUAUAGCUGCACCUGGGAUGAAUAUAUUAGCUGCUACUUCGCCUCAUGAUGCAUUUGAAGACAUUGGAUAUGCAAUGCAUUCAGGAACAUCAAUGGCAGCUCCCCAUGUCUCAGGCAUAGUGGUUCUUCUCAAAGCAUUGCAUCCUGAUUGGUCCCCAGCGGCCAUUAAGUCUGCUUUAGUCACAACUGCAUGGAGGAAUCAUCCUUCAGGUUUUCCGAUAUUUGCGGAGGGAUCUCCUCUAAAGCUGGCUAACGCCUUCGACUUUGGAGGAGGCAUUGCAAACCCAAACGGAGCAGCAGACCCUGGUCUUAUAUAUGACAUGGAUACAGCUGAUUAUGUCCAUUACCUUUGUGCAAUGGGCUACAACGACACUGCGAUUUCUAGGCUUACAGAACAACCCACACAGUGCCCCAGCAAAGAACUAUCCAUUUUGGACGUGAACCUUCCUUCCAUAACCAUACCAAAUCUUAGAAAACCCGUCAACCUCACCAGAACAGUUACAAAUCUUGGACCCUCUAAUUCCAUUUAUAGAGCAGUGAUUGAGCCUCCAUUUGGUAUUAAUGUAUCAGUAAAACCUAGUGUAUUACUUUUCAAUGAUGAAACUAAGAAAAUCACCUUCACUGUGACAGUUACUACAACCUACCAGGUGAACACAGGGUACUUGUUUGGGAGCCUAUCUUGGACCGAUGGUGUACACAUUGUGACAAGUCCAUUAUCCGUGAGAACAGAGAUCUUACAACCAUAUAUCGAUCAAAACUAAGUAUUUAUUGAAAAGAAAUUUCAGUUAUUUCAUGUAUACCAAGAUAAUUUAAAUUUAUCUGAAGGUUUUUUUUUUUUUUUU